AUGCAUACUCAAGAUUUUGAAGUCGUUAUAAAGGUCCCACAAUUUUCUAAUUACUUGAUUCUAAUUUCGCUUUUUGAGGAUGUUAAUAACGCGAGCGAGAUACGUUCACAACUUCUUCAUGGAAAUCCGCAAUAUGAAUAUGCCUUCGUAGACACAACAACUAUUAUGGAUGGCCUCCGAAGAUUUGGAAUAUCGGAUAACUCGAGGUCUUUUUUUGCAGUAAAAAUUAUAAAGGGAUCCACCAGUUCAGAUAAAAGCGAUGCUGGAAACCGAUCCCUUUACCAACCAUACCUUGAUUUUCUGAUUGAAAAAGUUAAAGGUAGACAGAUCCAAGUUGCUAAUUUAACAAUCGAAAAGCUUUCUGAUUUCAAAGUCAUAAAAAAAAAUUACAAGCUUUCAGCAUCACUUAUUCACCCUACACAAAUAAAUACAGCUUUAAUUAGUGCUAUAUCUUUACGUGGAGCUUAG